AUGGCAACGGGAAUCCAGAACCUCAUCAAUGAAGGCCCAGAACUGUCUGAGAAAGCUCGAGCACUGAGCCUGAAUCUCAAAGAGAAGGAAAGUAAACUUCACUGCGAGAAACAUCAGGAAGAACUGAAGCUGUUUUGUGAAACGGACAAGAAACUGAUCUGUUUGAAUUGUGCAACUGCGCAGGAACACAAGACUCACAGCUUCAUGCUGAUAGAUGAAGCAAUUGAAUUCUACAAGGAACAGGUGAAAUCAUCUUUCGAAUCUCUCACAGAAAAGAAAUCAGUGAUCGAGCAAAUGGAGCAGCAACAGAAAGAGAAUAUUUCUGGAGUUCAGGAAGAGUCACACAACCUUCAGUCACAGAUCACAUCCCAGUUUGCUGAACUGCACCAGAUAUUCACUGAGAAAGAGCAGCGCUUCCUUGGAGAUAUCCGGGAGGAAGAGAAAAAGAUUGUAAAAAGAAUGAAGAAAAAUCUUCAAGAUAUUCAAGAGAAUUUAAAUUCCAUUCAAGAGGAACUCUCAAAGUUACAGGAACAGAUCGACCACAAGGCCGAUGUGAUAUUUCUUAAGGAUGAAGCUGGUCGGGAGAGCAGUGCGAGUGUUGAUACUGAAUCGUUGUCAGUGACAGACGCUGCCCCGGCCUUUGAAACGAUCUAUCGCCCCUUUGUGUUGAGCACAAUGAUAACAGAAAUAUCUGAUGCCAUUAAGCGGUUUAGCUUUUCACCUUACGUCUCCGUCACCCUGGAUGUGGAAACAGCGCAUGCGCGGCUCGAGGGUCCCCACCUGCUGGUAAAAACCCGACACUGCGGAAUCGGCCGAUAUAUGAACCCAUUGCCCGUGGGGAUGGUGUAUCUGGAACAGAUUGCGAUGCUGGAGGCCGGCAUCGACGUGGGAGCAGCGGCGGUGACUGAGACACAAUCCGGCAUGACGAGAGAAACGAACAGGAGAGACCGCAAGAGCUGCCUGGUUGUCUAA